UGCUGCUGCCAACAUCAGUAACAUGAAGAAGAAGCUGCAAUUAGCGGUUAGCUAGCGGCUGUAAACAAGGCGAAUCCACCAGAUGUGAUAAAACUGAAGGAACAAAACGACUGGACGAGACGAGGAGACUCGAGCAUGAACGUGUGUCCGUCACUCUGAGGUGUCGUCGGUGUCACGUGACGAUGUGUCGGUAGCUCCGCUCCGGUGACCAACACGUCGGACCUUCCCCGACCCUCGGUCUGGUUCCUCCCCGGGCUGCGCUCUCUCUCCCCGCUCCGCCGUUCAGCCAUGAGCCGGCGAGCGGCCUGACGGGAAGACGAUGGCCGGAGAGCUGUUCCCCACCACAACGCUGGUCCCCCCCGCGAGCAGCACCUCGUCCUCCACCUCCUCCACCUCCUCCACCCAGCAGUACCAGCGGCAGAACCUGAACAACAACAACACCUCCGCCGCACGCGGCUGUUGCAACUGGCAGGGCCUGUACCCCACCCUCCGGGAGAGAAACUCAGUCAUGUUCAACAAUGAGAUGAUGGCCGACGUUCACUUCGUGGUCGGACCGACCGGUGGGACGCAGAGAGUUCCAGGACACAAGUACGUCCUGGCGGUCGGCAGCUCCGUGUUCCACGCCAUGUUCUACGGAGAACUGGCUGAGGACCAGGAAGAGAUCCGGAUCCCUGACGUGGAGCCGCCCUCCUUCCUCACCAUGAUGAAGUACAUCUACUGUGACGAGAUCGACCUGUGCCCCGACACGGUGCUCGCCACCCUUUAUGCAGCAAAAAAGUACAUCGUGCCUCACCUGGCGCGGGCCUGCGUCAACUUCCUGGAGACCAGCCUGAGCGCCAAGAACGCCUGCGUUCUGUUGUCUCAGAGCUGCCUGUUCGAGGAGCCCGACCUGACGCAGCGCUGCUGGGAGGUGAUCGACGCGCAGGCCGAGCUUGCUCUGCGCUCCGAAGGCUUCUGCGACAUCGACACCCAGACGCUGGAGAGCAUCCUGCGGCGCGAGACGCUCAACGCCAAAGAGAUGGUGGUGUUAGAGGCGGCGCUGAACUGGGCCGAGGCCGAGUGCCAACGACAGGACCUGUCGCAGACCAUCGAGAACAAGCGUCUGGUGCUGGGGAAGGCCGUCUACCUGAUCCGCAUCCCCACCAUGGCGCUGGAGGACUUUGCCAACGGAGCGGCGCAGUCCGGCGUGCUCACGCUCAACGAGACCAACGACAUCUUCCUGUGGUACACCGCCGCCAACAAGCCCGAACUCUUGUUCUGCACCAAACCUCGCAAAGGCCUGGCGCCGCAGCGAUGCCACCGCUUCCAGUCCUGCGCCUACAGGAGCAACCAGUGGCGGUAUCGCGGCCGCUGCGACAGCAUUCAGUUCGCCGUGGACAAGCGCGUCUUCAUUGCCGGCUUUGGUUUGUACGGCUCCAGCUGCGGUUCGGCCGAGUACAGCGCCAAGAUCGAGCUGAAGCGCCAGGGCGUGCCGAUGGCCCAGAGGAUCAUCAAGUUCUUCUCGGACGGCUCCAGCAGCACCUUCCCCGUGUGGUUCGAGCACCCGGUGCAGAUCGAGCCAGACACCUUCUACACCGCCAGCGUGGUGCUGGACGGCAACGAGCUGAGCUACUUUGGUCAGGAAGGCAUGACCGAGGUGCAGUGUGGGAAAGUCACCUUCCAGUUCCAGUGCUCCUCGGACAGCACCAACGGCACCGGAGUGCAGGGAGGCCAGAUCCCCGAGCUUAUCUUCUACGCCUGAGCCUGGCAGGACGGACGGACGGACGGACGGACGGACGGAGCUUCCUGCUUCACUGCCAUGACCAGUUUCAUUUUGAGGUUCUCAGGAAGCCGCCGUCGGAGGGAGGGACGUCCGUCAGAGACCUGAAGACCUGAGGAGACACACACACACACACACACACACACACACACACACACCUCGUUCAGAAGAAUCUUUUCCUGAAGCUGAAGGAUUAAAAAAACACUCAAAUGAACUGGUUGUUUUGGUUUUUAAAGCUGAAGAAAGCAGUUUGAUAUUUGUGCUUCGACCUGUUUGUCCUCCAAAUGCUCCUGUGCUUUUAUUUUGAAACAGGAAGUCUUUGUACCAGCUCUUUGAUUUGCUCUCGUCGUCUCUUUUUUCUGUCAGUUGUAAAUAUGUUUCACGCGUCCUGACGUUCUGAGGACCAACUGUUUUAUAUCUGAUUCUAUAUACGAUGAGAAAUAACAUAUUUUUCAUAUUCUUUGUUUCCCGUUGUCUGAUUCCGACCUGAAUGUGCAGUGAGUCAGUGGCCUUACGGAAAAAAAAGAUUCAGUCGACUUGUGUCAACAAAGAACAAAUAUCUUUUUUAAAUAUAUAUCUGGAAUAAAUGACGGUUUGAUCUUCA